UGUUAACAAAAGCUUAAAAGUUGCAGAUUCAAAGGAACAUCACAAAAGUCUACCUACAAUCAAAAUGUCUCGCCUUCUUCUUUCUCUAUUGGCUAUCUUAGCAAUCUUCUCCGUCACUGUUUCCUCGAAGCAGGUUUGCCCGGAAAAUGAAGAGUGGCAGUCUUGCGCUAGUCGUUGUGAACUAACUUGUGAAAACCCUGACGUGCGACCCUGCACUUUGGAAUGUGUAAGAGGCUGUAGAUGCGUCGAUGGACUGAUUAGACACAGUUCGGGAAAAUGUGUUCGACGUGAAGAAUGUUGAUCACUUGUGGAGUGGCAUAUUUACCUUGAACCCGAUGCAAAACCAGAUUAAUUAUUCUUCCAUUCGUAUUUGAACAUGCAAUAAUUUCUAUGGAAAUUAUUUUAUAAUGAAAUAUUUAAGUAUCUAUUUUUAUGUACAAAAAGACUAAAUAAAUAUCUGUAUGAAAAUACUAA